AUGGCGGCUACUCCCAUUACGCCACGUGGCGUUUGCGCCUCGCCGUCCGCAUUCACACAAGAUGCAAGAAAUCCCACAGCUCAGGCUUCCAUCCCUCGGGAAAGCCAACACGUGACAGGGAUCGGCAAUGCCGGGGCGCCAUGGCUUCGCCAGGUCGCCGCUCCCUCUGCAUCGCGACGUUGGGUCACCCUUUUCGCGGAGAGCCCCUUCGCAGGGGGUCACGCUUACGGGGCCACCGUAGGAUGCAGAAUUGCCACGAGCAGUCACGCAACAGAUGAGUAUUCGCGAGCGUCGGCAAACGCAGUCGCUUGGGGAACCGCAAGCACCGCAAUACAGGAGCCUCCACGCGAGGAGGGUGACUUGAAGGGAGAGCAACUGACGCAACGGAAGCAACUGGAGAUAAGAAAGCAAGGGGGGUCUAGGGAACAACGGGGUCGGCAGCAGAAAGGCAGAAAGGGUAGCGAAGCACAGGGCAGGAUAGACGGUCGUCCAGCAGACGGUAGGACGGUAGUCUUGCCGGACGAUCGGCAGCACCGCGUUGCCCAUCACACGAACGGCGCGCGGCAGAGCGGCAGCCGGCCGCAGCUGGUGGGACGGCGGGCGGUGAUUCGAGCGUGGUCGCUGGCGCUGCUGACUGCCGCCGUGGCGAGCUUUGAUUGGGUGCCGGGACCGGCGGGGAGUGAGGCGCGGGUGGCAGCGCGCGCGUGGGACGUGGGGGCCCUGUUCGGGGGAGGAUGGGAGGGCGAUAAGGACCCGAUCAACCCGUUCACUCUCUACGGCACCGUGCAGUGCGUGACGGGGGUGUCUGUGAUAGGCAACGCCGUGUGUGGCAAGGGCGAGGGGAGUGAGAGGGACGGCAGCUGCAGUGUGGCAUGUGACAAGGCGUGUGAGGGGGCGAUGAGGAGGCAUGGGGAGGUGGUGCUACGGUCGACAGGCUACACUAUUGAGGAUGCUGAUGCCAGGAAAGCCGUCCGGCAGUGCUCCUCUCAGUGCAUGCGAGAAUGCACCAAGUCCGGACGCUUCUCAUCCUUUGAACUGUUGGAUGCAUACGAGAAAAAUCGCAAGGAGCAACUGCAAACAUGGGCAGGCAUAGAGGCUGAAAUGGACGGGGAGGUGGCGUCAGGUGCACUGUCGGCGCAAAUCAAAACUCGAAAGGCGAAGACGGUAAUCCGAGAGGUAUCAAGGAACGGGAUCAUCUCUACGGGGGUGAAGGAGGUUCUCACGGCGGCUACGGAUCAUUUCCGCGAAGCCUUCAGUUGCACAGGCGGAGGAGUGGUGCCUGGCAGGACGACCCACCCCGUGCAACGGACACUGGGAGACAAGAGCAGAUUGGCGCUAAGUGCACCAUGGUCGGAGGCCGAUGUACGGAAGGCGGUGAAGGAACUCGCUCCGAGAAAAUCGCCAGGAGCAGACGGCUUGCCUAAGGAGCUUUUCGACCAUAACUGGGACUUGCUGGGGCCGAUACUGAUGGAUCUGGUGAGGAGGUUCGCGGAAAGAGAUGAGCUGCCGCACAGUGUCUCCACAGCGGUGACCAUCCUGUUGCAUAAGAAGGGCGAAAAAAGCGAGUUAGGGAAUUAUCGGCCGAUAACGCUUCUAAGCACAGUGUACAAGAUUAUCGCAAAGGUGAUGGCGAGCAGACUCAAGGCAGUACUACACGAGGUCAUCUCGGAGGACCAAUAUGGCUUCAUACCUGGUCGGCAGCUGGCAGACACGGUGUCGGUGGUAGCAGACGCCAUUGAAGCAGGUGCUAACGGGAAGGAGGACUGGUACCUGAUGAUGAUCGAUUUUCAGAAGGCCUUCGACUCAAUAUCGCGUGAUUACCUAUUCGGAACGCUACGGAAGCUGGGUUUGCCGGAGGAUUUCGUGGGAUGGACGAUAGGUUUACACAAAGAAGCGGGUACAUGUCUGCACAUCAACGGAUGGACAGGGGACAAGGUGGCAGUGGAAAAGAGCGUGCGCCAAGGCUGUCCGCUGGCGCCGUACCUUUUUCUCUGCGCGGUAGAACCGUUAUGUCAGGAGAUCAGCAGAGCAAAGCUGGGGAUCGGGAAGAAAGGCGUGGGGAAACUGGCGUACCUGGGGUAUGCUGACGAUACCUCUCUCUUACUACACGGUGUGGAGCAGCUGGAGGCAGCAGCAGGGGUGCUGUCAGCCUUCGGAGAAGAGUCGGGGCUGAAGGUGAACGAGGGGAAAACGAUAAUCUUCCCGCUGGGGAAGAACCGGGGAAAGACAGCGCCGCAAAACCUGAAUUACAAAUGGGCGGACAAGGAUGAACCGGAGCGUCUUCUGGAGAUCUGGAUUACGCCGAACGGUGACCCGACUCCAUCCUGGAACAAAGCGUUGGACAGGGCGAAAGGGGAGUUAGCGAAGUGGGAAAUGCAGCAUCCGACAACGUCAGCAAGGGUCACGAUAGUCAACAGCUACAUUGUGCCGAUCUUUCUCUUCCAGGCACAAGUUUACCUGCCAUCAGAGGCCAUAUGGAAGAAGAUCCGCAAGUUGUGCCACACCUUCAUCUCGAAAGGGGAAGCGGUGGAAGAGAAGCAAUUCAUCCUCUGGAAUUAUCGGCUGGUCUGCACGCCGCGGAAAGACGGGGGAUUGGGGUUGAUAUGUCCCGAAAAACGGGUCGACAGCAUCGCCAUCCGCUGUGUCUGCAAGCUGGUGCUGAAACCAAACUCGGUCAAGAAGUGGCUGGCGGAGAAAGCGGCGGAGAUGCCCCUGGAUCUGGACACAAUCUUCGCACACAGGUCGCUGCUGGAUCACUGGGAGAAAGGGAGCGAGCGGUGGAAGGAGUUAAUUGGAAAAUUCUGGGUCUCUCCGCUAUGCAAACCACGGGCUCCAACAAACCGCUGGGAGGUGGAACAGGAACAUCUGGCGUUCAACCCGAAUAUCCCCUUCAGAGGCGCGAGCCCCUUCGGGAACCAGAAAGGUGCAGAGGCGUUACUCGGCAUCCGCAUGGGAGACCUGAUUGUUAAAGCGCGAGACGGAACAUGUGAGCUCAAGAAGCUGGCAGCACUAGCAAGGGAGCUCGGCUGCAGGGAGAAGGCGAAGUGGGCGUUGAGGGCUUUCAACGCAGCACCAGCAACCUGGAAGGAGAUGGUACUCGCGAAAUUGACAAGCGAGGAGAUCGUGGCUACGGUGAAGCUUCUACGGUCGAGCAACGGCGCAACUGGUGGUUUUACCUACUGGAAAGUGGGCGAAGCAAGAGGCGACACGGUGGAGGGGAUACUAUGCGAUAUAGGGGACGGAGGGCACUUCUCACCCUACGAGGGAAACCUCAAGAUGUAUUUCAACCUGCGUAGCGGGGUGCCGAUGUUCACGGAAGGGAGUGUGUUCCUGGGCCCCAUGGGGGACGUGCGGACGAAGCUUUUGCUCUCAGCGGCAUGCGAAGGAGGGGAGCUGAUCACGCUGAAAGGGAUAAGGAAGGUGCUGGCAGACUCGACCGGACCACAAGAUGAACAAAAGAGAUGGGAAGGACAGAGGAGGGUGAUCGAGUGGGACAGAGUAAUCGAACAGAGGGACUCCCUGGUCACCCCACGGCGGGCACGUGAAAUCCUCAUACGGCUCCACUGUAGGAACCUGCAAGUGGGCUCGAGGCUGUUUUUCAUGGGGGUGGUCUGCCACACUGCCAGGGAGAGGAAACCCCAGAUCACUGCCUCCUUGACUGCCUGGCGGUGCAGGGGGUGGCGGAUGUGA